AAAGUGAAACAAAGCUGAUUCUGCAGCUGUCCACGGCCCGCGGCCCGAAAACACAAGAAGGCCCGAUAAUUUCCUUUCUAGUUUUAGUAAUUAUUACACGUCAAAUGCUUCAAAAUCAAGAAAUUAAAUUAAGUGGCAAUGGCAUCAUAAUCAUCAAUUCUUGUAGUCUGAGCAAAGAUUAAAAAAAAAAAAAAAAAAAAAAAACGUGGUUAACCAGUCUCUGCAAACGAUCUGGUGAAGACCAAGAGGCGAAUAUACUGUUAGAAUCAAUUCAUUAUUCACUAAAUUCUGCAAAAUUGCAGGCAGUCGGGAGCUGGUGGAAAACAGAUCUCUAAUGGCUGUUCCAGUAGAUGAAGCUAUUGCUGCAUUGUCCACAUUCUCUUUGGAGGAUGAUCAACCGGAGAUUCAGGGACCUGGGUUUUGGGUGUCUAGUGAGAGAGGUGCAACUACUAGUCCCAUUGAAUACGUUGAUGUUUCUGCCUAUCGACUAUCUCUAUCUGAGGACACAAAAGCCAUAAAUCAGCUGAAUUUGCUCAUGCGAGAGGGUAAAGAAAUGGGUUCAGUGCUCUAUACAUAUCGGAGUUGCGUAAAAGCACUUCCUCAGCUUCCAGAUUCUAUGAAGCACAGUCAGGCUGACCUGUACCUAGAAACUUAUCAAGUAUUAGACCUUGAGAUGAGCCGUUUGCGCGAAAUUCAGCGUUGGCAAGCAUCAGCUUCAUCAAAACUAGCAGCUGAUAUGCAACGGUUUUCAAGGCCAGAGCGACGAAUCAAUGGUCCUACUAUAACACAUCUCUGGUCAAUGCUGAAGUUGCUGGAUGUGUUGAUCCAACUUGAUCAUCUAAAAAAUGCAAAGGCUAGCAUUCCUAAUGAUUUCUCUUGGUACAAAAGGACAUUUACACAAGUCAGUGUACAGUGGCAAGAUACAGAUUCAAUGAGGGAAGAGUUAGAUGAUUUACAGAUCUUCUUGAGCACGAGAUGGGCAAUUUUGUUGAAUUUGCACGUUGAAAUGUUUCGGGUCAAUAAUGUUGAAGACAUUCUCCAAGUUCUCAUAGUUUUCGCCGUUGAGUCGUUGGAGUUAAAUUUCGCCCUUCUCUUUCCAGAGCGCUACAUUCUUCUUCGUGUUUUGCCUGUUCUUGUUGUCUUGGCAGCUUCAUCAGAGAAAGACAGCGAGUCUCUGUACAAGAGAGUGAAAAUCAACAGAUUGAUCAACAUAUUCAAGAACGAUCCAGUUAUCCCCGCAUUUCCAGAUCUCCAUCUUUCUCCUGCGGCAAUACUGAAAGAGUUGUCAACGUAUUUCCCAAAAUUUUCCGCUCAAACUCGUCUUCUUACUCUUUCCUCACCCCAUGAGCUACUACUUCGCGAGGCACAAGAUUAUCAGCGUCAAUAUUUGAUCAUCAAUCACAUUGGGGCAAUUCGUGCUGAACAUGAUGACUUCUCCAUUCGAUUUGCCUCUGCCUUGAAUCAGCUUUCUUUAUUGAGAUCAAUGGAUGGUGCAGAUGUGGAGUGGGCAAAGGAAGUCAAAGGAAAUGUAUAUGAUAUGGUUGUGGAAGGUUUUCAACUCCUAAGUAGAUGGACUGCACGUAUAUGGGAGCAGUGUGCAUGGAAAUUUUCACGACCUUGCAAAGAUCCUGUUUCAACAGAGUCACAUGAGACAGCAUCUUUUUCCGACUACGAGAAGGUAGUACGGUAUAAUUAUAGUGCUGAUGAAAGGAAAGCUUUGGUAGAGCUUGUGAGCUACAUCAAGGGAAUUGCGUCACUGAUGCAGAAAUCCGAUACACUGGUGGCAGAUGCCUUGUGGGAAACUGUGCAUGCAGAGGUCCAAGAUUUUGUGCAAAAUACAUUGGCCACUAUGCUGCGGACUACCUUCCGGAAGAAGAAAGACCUUUCGAGGAUUCUUUCUGAUAUGAGAACACUAUCAGCUGAUUGGAUGGCUAAUACAAGCAAACCUGAUUCUGAAAUGCCAGCAUUCCAGCAGGGUGGUGAAGAAAGUAGAGCAAACUUCUUCUAUCCAAGACCCGUGGCGCCCACAGCUGCACAGGUCCAUUGCUUACAAUACUUAAUAUACGAGGUGGUAUCAGGUGGCAACAUGAGAAAGCCCGGUGGUCUGUUUGGAAAUACUGGUUCAGACAUUCCAGUCAAUGAUUUAAAACAGCUGGAAACCUUUUUCUACAAGCUUGGUUUUUUCUUGCAUAUAUUAGAUUAUUCAGCGACAGUCGCAAUGUUGACAGAUGUUGGUUUCCUAUGGUUCAGGGAAUUUUACUUGGAAUCUUCUCGUGUCAUCCAGUUUCCUAUCGAGUGUUCGCUUCCUUGGAUGCUGGUGGACCAUGUGAUAGAGUCUCAAAAUGCAGGUCUUCUUGAGAAUGUCUUGAUGCCCUUUGACAUCUAUAACGAUGCUGCUCAACAAGCACUAGUGGUCCUCAAGCAACGAUUUCUUUACGAUGAAAUUGAAGCUGAGGUGGACAAUUGCUUUGACAUAUUUAUAUCAAAAUUCUGUGACGCUGUUUUCACAUACUACAAGAGUUGGGCAGCUAGUGAGCUGCUGGAUCCGUCAUUCCUCUUUGCCUUGGACAUUGGUGAGAAGUUUUCUGUCCAACCGAUGAGAUUUUCUGGACUGUUAAAAAUGACAAGAGUGAAGUUGCUGGGAAGGACUAUCAACUUGAGAAGUUUGACCACUGAGAGGAUAAACAAAGUAUUCAGGGAGAACAUUGAAUUUUUGUUCGACCGAUUCGAGACUCAAGAUCUAUGUGCUAUUGUGGAAUUGGAAAAGCUCCUCGAAAUCUUGCAGCUUGCUCAUGAAUUACUAUCAAAAGAUCUGGCUCUCGAUUCAUUUAGUCUCAUGUUGAAUGAGAUGCAAGAGAAUGUAUCUCUUGUUUCAUAUUCUAGCAGACUUGCUUCUCAGAUAUGGACGGAGAUGCAAAACGACUUCUUACCCAACUUUAUACUAUGCAAUACAACUCAGCGCUUUGUCAGAUCAUCGAAAGUGCCUCCUGCUCCUGUCCCGAAGCCAUCGGUUCCGCAUGCAAAGCCAAAUUUCUAUUGUGGCACUCAAGAUCUGAAUUCUGCAUACCAGAGCUAUGCCCGAUUACACAGUGCGUUUUUUGGAUUGCCUCAUAUGUACUCCACUGUCAGACUCCUUGGAUCCAGAUCAUUACCAUGGCUUAUCCGAGCAUUAUUAGAUCAUUUAUCAAACAAGAUAACUACCCUUGAACCAUUGAUCACGGGACUGCAAAACGCUUUACCCAAAUCUAUAGGAUUGCUUCCUUUCGAUGGUGGUGUAGCAGGUUGUGUAAGGAUCGUACAAGACCAUCUUAAUUGCUGGCAGUCAAAAUCAGAACUGAAAAUCGAGGCUCUUCGCGGAAUAAAGGAAAUCGGAAGCGUCUUAUACUGGAUGAGUCUUCUUGAUAUUGUUUUGAGAGAAGUGGACACUAGCCAAUUCAUGCAGACUGCCCCUUGGCUGGGCCUAACUCCCGGCGUAGAUGGACAGGUCAUACAGUUUCAAGACAGUGAAGACAGCCCUAUCAUUAGUUUAUUCAAAUCUAUUGCAACUACUUCAAAUCCCAGUUUCUCGAAUCCAUCUUCAUUACGUGUCCUGUCGAGACAAGCAGAAGCUGCCGAUCUGCUUUAUAAAUCCAACAUAAACGCCGGAAGUGUGCUGGAAUAUUCGCUUGCUUUCACAAGUGCAGCUUUAGAUAAAUACUGCAGUAAAUGGAGCGUGAUUCCCAAAACGGGGUUUGUGGACAUUACAACUUCCAAGGACUUCUACCGUAUAUACAGCGGCCUCCAAAUGGAGUAUUUGGAGGAAGCGGUUCAGGCACAACCGAGUCGUCAUGGGAUGCUGGGUGACUCGAUUGCUUGGGGCGGCUGUACAAUAAUAUAUUUAUUGGGGCAACAAUUGCACUUCGAGUUAUUCGAUUUCUCGCAUCAGGUCCUAAAUGUAGCAGAGGUUGAAGUUGCAGCGAUUGCAUCCGCCCAUAAGAAUCCUCACAUUGUCCAAGGAUUGGAGGGCUUGUUGGAGGCAAUGAAGAAAGGAAGGAGGAUGAACAAUCACGUAUUUUCGAUGUUGAAAGCCAGGUGUCCAUUGGAGGACAAGCAGGCUUGUGCUAUCAGACAAAGCGGUGCGCCGCUUCACCGAAUCAAGUUCGAUAAUACUGUCUCUGCUUUCGAAACUUUGCCUCAGAAAGGUGCCUGACACUACACAUGUUUCUUUAUCUUCUCUGUAUAUGUUUUUUCACCCCGAAUUUGGCAAUGUGUUGUAACACUAACUCGGACUUGCUCGAGAAUCAUAUUAAUAUAAUUAAAUCAGAAUUUACGGUCCUGAUAA